UCAGUAUCGAACGCACGGUUCCCGCGAGUGGAGGUUUGAAGUAAUAUUGUUGUAGCUUAUUCAGGUGAAGUGGAAUUUGUCAAGUUAGUAGAAGCAACAACAGCAGGGGAAAAAAAAGAGCGAGAGGGAGCGAGCCGAGAAGAAACAGGUCUUCUGUUCCGGUGCAAAGAAGACAAAAAUACAGCACACCUGUUUUUUUUUUUUACUAUCUCGACACAUUCGUGGUUGUAUCAAUUUUCAGUGUUUGAACGGAACAGAGAAGAAAAAAAGUCCGAGGAGAAAAUGCAUAUUUAAUCAAAGUUGAUAAUUUAGUCGGUUGGGUGUCUAAGUUGGUCAAUUGGAGAGGUUGUCACCAGAAGGUACCGAGCAAAGUGAGUAGAGUGGUUAUUUCGAGUGUCGCUACUAGAAGUAGAAUUACAUUCCUGACGACGGGCCGUGUAGACUUUCCUGGUACGCUUGUCGUGUUUGGGUGCGUAGCGUAGAACUACGCUUCAAAAAUAGAUCCCUGCUCGAUCGAAUACAGACAGAGAGCGGAGUGGUGGUUGAGCGACGGAACGCGCCGGAUUGGAGAGGUGGAGUGUCACAGCAGCAGCAGCAGCAGCCGGGGGAGGCAGCAACGAUCGCACACGGGCCUAGUGCGUGUAGAAGUUCGGAGAAAGUUUUGUGGUCAAACUACUGCUGCUCUGGACCUUUUGCCUGGGUUUUUGUAUAGCGGUUCGCGUAUACACGAGUGGGGGGUUGAGCCAACAGUCGGAGUUAGCCGGAGUUGGAAUAGUAGGCGCAGCGAUAAACCAUGAUGACAGAAACCGUGGUAACGGUUGAUCAGUCACAGGCGACACCUGGUGCCAAUGCAGCCCACCAGACACAGGCCAAGCCGGACAACAGUCUCAACUGGAUCAAGUUCAAUGUGCAGUACUUCCAGUCGAUUCCGGGCAUGCUGAAGCUGGUGCAGUUGGUAAUCGGCAUCAUCUGCAUGGCCUGCGCUUCGCCGGCCCUGGUCGGGGGAACCCACUGGUUCCUGUUUGUGGUCAUUACCUCCUUCAUUGCUACCGUGCUGUGGAGUUUUGUCUAUCUGCUCGGAAUCCGAGAAGUGCUCAAUCUUCCGAUCAACUGGAUUCUGACGGAGCUACUCAACACGGGCAUCGCGACGUUCCUGUACUUCAUCGCAUUCAUCGUGCAGCUGGCGUCGUGGUCCAAUUAUCACUACGUGGGCAGGGGAUCAAACAUUGCUGCUGGCAUAUUCGGACUGUUUAACUUCCUGGCCUACGCCAUCGGAACGUACUUCCUGUACGUGGAGCACAAAUCCAGUGGCGUGUAACAAAUCAAUAAACAACCUUAAAUGUCAAUAUUUUUGUCGCUGACACACACACAAACACACACACGCGCUUUAAUACAUUCAUUAAGAAAUACGAGAUAGAGCGUAGAAGAACGACGAAAAUCUUUCAGAAAUUUCCCGACAUUCGUUGUGAUAUCCCGUGUAACUGAGCUGAUGAUGUUGAUACCGUAAACAAUCUACGCUACUGUCACCAUCGCAACCACCGAUUCCAGCACUACUACUACUCUCACUUCAUGCCUACUGUUUUGUUCAAAACUUCUACUUUCCACAUUGGCUAUUGCUAAAAGUGACCUGGCAAAUCGGUUUUCAAUUUCCGUUUGUGUGUGAAAACAAACAAAAACACUAUUCGGGUGCAAUAUAAAAGAUCGCAAAUUGCCAACAAUUUUGGCAACCGUUUUUUACGUGACAGCGCACAUCAGUAGAAGUAUGAUUAACAUGCUGCAUUUUACUACUACUACUACAACUACUAUCUAGACGUAACGCAGUAAUAGAGACGGUUUAUGUUCAUGUUCAUAAUAUUUUUUUUGUUAAAUUAAUAGUAAUAUAUUGUUUUACUAGUACCUAAUGAACACAAAUGCAAAGAAAAAUAAUGCAUGUUGAAAACUGACACUCCGUGUCACAAACACUAAAACAAAUAUGCAAAGAACCAAAUCAUCACAAAUCGUUGAACGGAAGAACCAAGCCAUGUGUGUCUUUUAACGGAUAACAUAUUCGACACACGGCUGACACAAAAAAAACGGCGGUAGAAAUUUGAAAUUUUCCAGCUAGACAAUGGAAACAAAAUUGUAACGUAAAUCAACUUAUUUCAAUUAGCUUAUGGUUAGAAGAAUACGAAGAUCUACUUUAAUCACAAUUGAGUUUAAGGAAACAAAAGAUGGAAUUUCGACGAAAACAUUUAAUCAAACAAGCAAUUAUUUCGAGAACGAUAGGAAAGUAAGUUUGUUAAUUUUUUCAAAGUACACAACAUAUUUAUACGAUCA